UGUUCUAUCAUUCUACUUUUAUCGAAACCCUCAUCAGAAAUGACACAGAAGAAACCAUAUCUCACAAAAAAUCACUCCUAAUUUCAAACUAAUCGGCUUUUGCUAAACACCCUUUUAUGUUUUUUGUUAGUAUGAGGCAUCAAUAUAAGAAAAUGGUGUUUGUUUACAGUGUUUUAAUCUCUAUUUAACUCUGUUUUUCAAUUCACUUAUAUAAUUGGGGAAAAGGAAAAGUUGCUAUUGCUACAGAAAGGGUCAACGAAACUUCUUUUUGUGUAUAAACAAAGCUUACACAGACCAAUCUCUACUCUCUUUGUGUUGAAAUAAGCUUCUGUUUCUUGCAAUUUUGAAGAACUUGGUUCUGUCAUUUUGAUGUCUAAACCCUUAGAACAUAAUUACAUAGGAUUACCGGAGGCUUCUUCAAUGGAAAGAAACCCCGAGAAGAAUCCUUCGUCGUCUUCUUCUGCUUCUUCUUCUUCUUCUCUUGUUACUAACGAGGACAAGAAAUGUGUUACUGUGAGUUUCAAGGACACUGAAUUGAGGCUCGGUUUACCUGGUUCUCAAUCUCCUGAGAGGAAACUGGGAAGUGGGAUUUCACUCUUCGGCAAUGAUUCUGAGGAUGAACAGAGUAAUGGGUUCUCUUCUGCUUGUCCUUUGAAUUUGAAGAAUCUUGUUUCUGGGUCUAAGAGGGGUUUCUCGGACGCCAUUGAUGGGUCUUCUGCAAAAUGGGUUUUCUCUGGGAAUAAUCGAUCUGAGGUUAAGUUAAGUGAAGGGGCUGUCCUUUUCUCGCCCAAAAGUGGGAAGCCGGCGAUUGGUGGCUUAGGGAGCAAUGUUAAUGCGCCACAAUCGUGUGUUACUUUGAAGGCUGUGAAGGAAGUGCUUCCUGUUCCUCAAUCUUCAAAUCCUGUUCAGGAGAAGAAGCCGCAGGUUUCAGAAAAUGGUGGUGCUCCUUUGGCUAAAGCACAGGUUGUGGGAUGGCCACCCAUUCGAUCCUUCAGGAAGAACACCAUGACAUCUACCAAUUCGACAAAGAACACUGAUGAAGGCGAGGGAAAAUCGGGAUCAUCUGGUUGCCUCUAUGUAAAAGUUAGCAUGGAAGGCGCUCCAUAUCUAAGGAAGGUUGAUCUCAAACUGUACAGCAACUAUUCUGAACUGUCAUUGGCUCUGGAGAAGAUGUUUAGCUGCUUCACUAUUGGGCAGUGUGGUACUGAAGGACUUCCAACUAAAGAGCGGCUGAGUGAAAGUAAUUUGAAGGAUUUCCUCCAUGGGUCUGAGUAUGUGCUGACAUGUGAAGAUAAAGAUGGAGAUUGGAUGCUUGUUGGUGAUGUCCCUUGGGAGAUGUUCACUGAUUCGUGUAGAAGACUCCGAAUCAUGAAAGGUUCUGAAGCAAUUGGACUAGCGCCAAGGGCCUUAGAGAAGUGCAAGAACCGAAACUAGCGAGAUGAAGUCCCGGCAAGACCUAGAGAUGACAUCUCCUGGGAUUGUGAAAAAAGCCCCCCUUGUUUUAAAAAAGAAAUAUAUAUUAUUGUUCAUUAUGUUAUAAACUAAUGUUGUAUCUUAUGAAAUGCUAACAUUUUCCUGCUUGGUAGAUAAAAGAAUUUCACUGAAAGACACUGAGUGUUGUGUGUUUAAAUGUUAAUUGUUAUUGCUUCCCUCUUAAAGCAAAGAGUGAAUCCUAUGGAAUCUGUUUGCACUUGCA